AUGGAGGGGCCCUGCCUGCUCUUGGUGGCUCUCUUGGCCCUGGUGCCUGCACAAGCCCCCAUGGAGCCAACAGCACCUCCCAGUACCCCGGUGGGAAGUGGGGCUGGAAACACCUCGGUGGCACCAGGUGGCAGCGCGUUGAGGCUGGUGGGUGGCCGGGGCCGGUGCGAGGGCCGAGUGGAGGUGGAGCUGGAGGGGAGCUGGGGGACAGUUUGUGACGACGGCUGGGACCUGGCGGACGGCGACGUGGUGUGCCGGCAGCUGCGCUGCGGGACAGCCCUGCGCGUCCCGGGCGGGGCCGCCUUCGGCCGGGGCAAGGGAAGCAUCCUGAGGGAUGAGGUGGGAUGUGAGGGGCACGAGGAGCACCUCUGGGACUGCCCUGCGGAGCUGGAGCACGACUGCAGCCAUAAGGAAGAUGCCGGCGUGGUGUGCUCAGAGCACCAGGAAUGGAGGCUGUCUGGAGGUCAGGAUGGUUGUGCUGGCCGGGUGGAGGUCUUCUUCCGCGGGCUGUGGAACACGGUGUGCGACAGCAGCUGGUACCAGCUGGAGCCCAGGGUGCUGUGCCACACCUUGGGCUGUGGGGAGCCCCUCCAGCACCUCUCCUUCGACCACACCUUGCCUGGCAAGAUGCUGUACGAAUGUGAGAGCCCCCAGCCAUCACUGGCCCACUGCAAGUGGACCUACAACAAGUCAGCUCCCUGCUACCAGUCGCGGGCGGCCGGCGUGGUCUGCAACGGCUCCCAGGGCUUGCAGCCCCCAAGCACGCCGGCCCUGGUGGCACCAAGUGACAGCAGCCUGCUGGGAGCUGAGGAGGGUUCCAAGGCCAUGGGGGGGACACUGUCCCCUCUGCACACGCCACUCUUUGUCCUCUGCCUGGUCCUGGCAGCGCUGCUGCUCCUCGCUGUGCUGGCCUUCAGCGUCGCCCUGCUGAGGGUGAGGAAGAUGAGCGCCCACACCGUGUCCUCCCUGGGUCUAGCUGGACCAGUGCUGGUGACCCACAGCACCCAGAGCCCCAGUGCGCCCUCUGGGACCCUCAACGAGUACAGGGAGGUGCCCCCCAGCCUUCCCAAAGGAGCAGCCCCCCCGGUGCCCACUGCCAAGGACUCCGACUCCGACUCUGACUAUGAACACUACGACUUCAGCAGCAAGCCCCCCGUGGCCCUCUCCACCUUCUACAACUCCCUGCGCCGGCAGCCUGGGGAGCAGCAGCUCCUGCUGAAGACCACCCAGGAGGGGCUGGAGCUGGUCCCUGCAGAAGUGCCACCCAGGCUGGGCCCGCUGUCCUGUGGCAGCUCCUCCACUUCUUCCUCCUCCUUUUCCUCCUCCUCCUCCUCCACUGAGCCCUAUUGCAACGACACAGAGCCCACCAUGCAGUCCCCCACCCAUGGCAUCCAUGGCACCCACCAGCUGACAGCACCCACCACUGACUGCCCUGGCACAGGCUGCUCAGCUCCAUCCUGUCCCUCGAGGGGACAUGAGAGGGACCCUGACUCUUCGGAUGGCAGUGACUACGAUGACAUCCAGGGCUCUGCCUGCUGA